AUGAGAAGAGCUUUACUCUCCAAGAAUAAGUUAAAAUUCAUUGAUGGAGGGAUCAAAAGACCCAAAAGAGAUGAUCCUCUUUUUGAUUCCUGGGAGAGAUGCAACAUGAUGGUGCUUUCUUGGAUCAUCAAGACUCUCUCACAACAGAUUGGAGAAUGUGUUAUAUAUGUGGAGGAUGCAAAAGAGUUAUGGGAAGAACUUAAAGAAAGGUGUGAUUUAUCCAAGAUUUUUCACAAAUACAGAGAAAUAGAGCAUGUUGUUUGCUUCUUGAGAGGUUUGAAUGACUCAUACAAUAGUGUGAGAACACAAAUUUUGUUAAUGGAACCCCUCCCUAGUAUUAACCGUGUCUUUUCCCUCAUCAUACAACAAGAAAGGCAAGAAAGACAUGAUUCUAGAUUCAACAACCAAAAUACUGAAAUAAAGGUCCUUGCCAACACUACUGACAAGCAAAAUCAGUGGAGAAAUGAUCAGACUUGGAAACCUAAUGGACGUGCAAAUGGGCCUCGCAAUCAAGGAAGAGGAAGAGGAAGAAAUUCAAACAAUGAGAAGCAAUGUUCCUACUGCCAUAAGAUGAACCACACAGCGGAUAAAUGUUAUUCCAAACAUGGAUAUCCCCCUUGGUACAAAAGAGGGGAUAACAACAACCAAAAAAAGGGAGGACAAAAUGAAUGGAAUUCUGUCAAUUCUAGCUCUGUAGAAUCACAUCCUAAGUCUGCCCAGAUCAGCACUAAUUCUGCUCCUAAUACUUUUACUUCAGAACAAAUGCAAAAGAUAUUACAAAUGAUAGAAAAGGCUGACAAUCCUUCUCACAGCAUCAGUCAAAUUCAAAGAAACACCAUAGAGGACAAGUAA